AUGACUUCUCAAGUCGCGUCCCGAGGUGUUGAUGCCAAGGCAGUUGGAGCUCCCAAUCAGACACUCUACUGCACCAAUCUCCCAGAUAAGCUCCGCAAGUAUGAUCUGCGAUUGUCACUCUACACCCUGUUCUCCACCUACGGUACCGUGCUGGAUGUCGUGGCCAUGAAGACCAGCAAGAUGCGCGGACAGGCCCAUAUCGUGUUUAAGGAUGUUCAGGCCAGCACUCAGGCCUUGCGCGCUCUGCAAGGAUUCGAGUUCUUUGGCAAGCAGAUGAAAAUCGUAUAUGGCAAGGGAACCUCCGAUGUUAUUGGUCGUCUUCGUGGUACAUACAAUGCGCCCGCCACCGGCGCCGGGGAGAGCGGAGUUUCCACUGAUCUUCAAAAAUCAAUCUUCAGUGGUCCUCCGGGCACAGUUCCCGCACGGCCGACCGAAGCGAACGGAGAGUCGCACGGUACCAAGCGACCUCGUGAGGAGGAGAGCGAUGAGGGAGAAGCUCCGAUGGAGGAAGACAGUGAUGUAUCCAUGGAUGCCUCAUCUGAUGAAGAUUGA